AGGUCAUACACCAAUUUCUGGCAUUAUUUAUUUACUCUCUUUUUUACCAAAGAACGAAAUUGAAAUUGAACAUCAAAUUCAGCUAAAUGUUGGAUGUCAACAUAUCCUUUGGUCACACAGAAACGAAAGUAUUCUUCUCAGUUCCUGUCAUGAUAAUGUAUUAAGAUUUUUUGAUACACAGAAUACAGAUUGUAUGUAUAGAGAAUGGUUCGAUACUCAAAGUAUCUCAAAUUUGGAUUGGGAUAAAAUCUCUCUAGAGUGGAUAAUAACAGGAGGAAUAGAUUCAUCUAUCAAGUUGUAUCAUGAAAAUCAAGAUUCCAAUGAAUCUCUUCAAACAUUUCACACUAAAAAACAUGAACUUGUCAUUAAGGAACAAGAAUCAAAUUUGGAAAGUAUUGAUGAUUUGCAGGCCCCUCCUAUUCAUGAUAUUCAGUGGAAUACUCAUUCUCCCAUGCAAUUUCUCACUACUGAUAGAGAUGGUUUUGUGUGCUUAUGGGAUUUGAGACAAGAGGAAGAUCCUUGUGUUAAAUCGUUUAGAAUUCAUAACAAGACAUGUGCCUUAAAAAUGGAUUUGAAUAUAUUUGAUGAAAACUCUUUAGCUUUGGGAUGUUUUGAUAAUUCAUUAAUGACCUAUGAUUUGAGAAAUGUGAAGAAACCAAAAUCUAUUCUAUCUAACAUUCACUACUCCCAAAUAACGUCAACACAAUGGAGUCCACAUACGCAACAUUUAGUGGCUACAAGCUCCACUGAUAGAACAUUAAGGAUAUGGGACAUGAGAGAAUCAAAUAACCUAUUGCAAUUCAAUAAUGAUACCCCAAAUGAUUCAUACGAGACUGAAGUUAGUUUUGGAGGGAGAGUGUCAAAUUUUAAAAAUCAAAAGAUGGAAGAUUGGGUGAAUGAUAUUGCAUGGAAUAUUCAUGAAGUUGGUUUGAUGGCUCUAUGUUGUAAUGAUCAACUUGUAAAGGCCUACAAUAUUAAAGAAGAUUAGAUGCGUGAUUGGAAGCUGGUAAAAUAUUACUGUCGCCCUAUUUUAUCUCCUUUCUUUUUUUAACUUUCUAAUAAAAAAAAUGUCAGCAGAGAAACUGAAAGAAGCAGACAGUCUCGAAAAAGAGGGAAAGAAACUAACUGAACGAUCAUUAUUUCGUUGGUCACCUGAUUGGGAUACAGCUGCUUCAAAAUUUGAAAAAGCAUCCUUGUUAUAUAAAAAUUUAGGAAAGGAUGAUAAAGCUGUUGAGUGCUACUUGAGAGCAGGAGUUUGUCAUGAAAAGAAUAAAAUGUUCUACUCUGCAGGAAAAUCCUAUGAAAUGGCAGCCAACAUUUAUCAAAAUACAAUUAAAGACUACAUCAGUGCCUUUAAAAAUUAUAAAGAUGCAGCCCGUCUCUAUCUUGAUGAUGGAAAGAAUGAUCGUGCAGCUGAGGUUCUUGUCAAGGCAGCAAAAUCAAUGGAAAAGGAACCAAAUUGUUUGAAUCAAUGUGUGGAACUAUACAAGGAAGGAAUUGAAGCUUCAACCAUGAAUGGAAAAUAUCACAAUGUAACUGAUAUUCUUCGUAAUUUUAAUAACUUUCUAAUAAGACAUAAAUUAUAUACUGAAGCUAUUCAAAAUUUAGAAACACAAAUUAAUGCUUUUAGAUCUCUAUCUCAACCAAACAAUGAAAGAAAAGCCAUGCUGGCGAUUAUUAUUCUCUAUUUGAAGAAUGAUGACCCAGUUGCUGCUCAAAAUGCUUUGGACAAAUUCACCAAUGAUAGUGGAUCUUCUGGAUUUUGUGAGAAUGAUGAAGGUGACGUUGCAAUUCAAUUAGUGAGUUCUUUUGAAAAUAGAGAUGAAAGAAUGUUGGAUCAAGCAAAAACAAGCUCUGUAAUCAAGUUUUUGGAAGGUCCAGUCUCAAAGAUUGGUUUGACAUUGUCAUUAAACCCUCUUCUUGAUGAACUCAAUGAAAAGAAAAAGAAGGCAAACACUCCAGUCAGCCCUUCAGUGAGUGGCACAGCAAAAGGCGGAACUAGGUCUAGCUCUAGCUCUGGUGGUAAGGCUAGAGGUAAGGCAGCACUUUUCGAUACUGGUAGUGAUGAUGAAGAGGAAGAUCCUAAGGCAUCCAGAAGAACUGGUAAUAACUCAUUCUUAUCUGGUAGCAGUAGCAGUACAAACAAACCAAAAACAGCCUUUGCUCAAAUGCCUUCAAAAGAGGAAUUGACAGCCCUUCAAAAAAAGCAAGAAGCAGCUUUCGAACAAAGACAACAGGAGCGUAGGGAAAGAUUGGAAAGAGGAGAAUCUGAAUUCGAUGAUGACGAAGAAGAGGAUGGACAAGAUGCAGAGAUUCCAAAUGGAGAGGGAGACGACUUGACUGGUGCAACUGAUUCAAAACAAAAAGCACCACAAUCAAACGAUGAUGACGAUCUUGAAUAUGUUCCCUCAACUAAACCAACACAACAAACAGAUGAUUUCUCUAAACCAGUAGGAAUCGCUCCUUCUGCCCCAGCCGAAAUUGACGAUGAGGAAGAUGAAAACCAAGAUAUUUUCGACCCUACCGAUCUUACUUAA